CUUGUUGAUCGUGCAGAACGUGUAAAUGAGCUUCAAAGGCUAGUCUCUAUUCUUCCUAUAGAAAACUACACAUUACUACGAGCACUGACUGCCCAUUUGAUCCGGGUUGUCCAGAAUUCUGAUGUAAACAGAAUGACGCUUCAUAACAUUGGCAUAGUAUUCUCUCCAACUCUAAAGAUUCCUGUUGGGAUAUUCUUUUUAUUCAUAUAUGAAUUUGAUGCGAUAUUCUCU